UCAAAUACUGUUGUAUUGUCUGCUUUCUGUAUUUAUUGACAGUUUUCAGCAAGCUCCCAGCUCCCCGAGCUCAGCAGUAAGAAAUGCCCAACCUUAACAAGGUGGAGGGGGAAGACGGUGACACGGUGGACAUGCCGAGCCUCCAAGCGCCUGACUCUCAUGCAGGUAAUGUCUCCCCACAGCCCACCCUGCUGGACAUGCUGGAAGCAGAGCGCUGCAUGACUAACCUCACUCUGGCACACGAGAUAGUGGUGAACAAGGACUUCCGUCUCAAACAAAACAACCCCGCUCAGGACAGCUUGGAAGGUAGAGUGAAGGAGGUUGCUCAUCGGGCGUUCUGGGACACUCUGCGGGCUCAGCUCUCCCUCAAUCCUCCGGAUUACACCCAUGCCAUCAGUUUGCUGCAGGAAGUGAAAGAUAACAUGCUCUCCUUGCUCCUGCCGGCCCACACACGGCUCCGGGCAGAGCUUGAGGAAGCGCUAGAUAUGGCGCUGAUUCGCCAGCAGGCAGAGCACAGCGCCCUGGACCUGCACCGCCUGGGCAGCUAUGUGGUCAGCACCAUGGCCUCCCUCUGUGCCCCAGCACGUGAUCCUGAGAUCCACAAACUCCGGAACCUUUCUGACCCAGUGGACCUGCUCAGGGAGAUCCUCCGUGUCUUGGGCCUAAUGAAGAUGGACAUGGUCAACUUCACAGUGCAGAGCCUGAGGCCACACCUCCUCCAACAAGCUAUCCAGUAUGAACGCGCCAAAUUUCAAGCCAUCCUCGAAAAGCUGCCAACUUCCUUGGACUAUACCAGCACCUGGCUGCAGGGGGCAGUGCAGGAGCUUUCUGCUCUACGUGUCCAGAGCGACGCUAACACUCAGAACUCAGGACAGGCUGUACCCCCACCUGGAGGAAGUUGCCCCCACAAGAUCGCCCCAGUCAGCCCCUGUGCAGCGCUGAAUUUGGCCUAUUUGCACCUGCUGAGCUGGGAGCCCAGUGGUGAAUGCUAUCCCGAGACAGUCCAGAUGGAUCGGCUCCGCAUAGAACUGCUGGGACAGACACUGAAGUGCCUGGUGCUGGAGGCUGCGGUGCUGCUGGUGACGAGCACUCAGUGUGGGGGGGCUCUCUUUUCAGCUGUGGGGUUUGUAGAUACACUGAAGCAGACUGUCGCUACCUUGCUGAAGGGAUGUCACGAGAGUGCAUUUGACCUUAAGGGAGCACUGCUGGGUCUCGGGGAACAGGUGCAGAAGAUUGUGAACAGCACUUUGAUUGCCCAGGGAGGGGGUGCUCUGCCUCCGGAGCAAGAGAGCUUGCUCAAAGGACAAGUUGCUGCCCUGGCUGAAGAGCACAACCCUGUCCGUGCUCUUGUAGGAGCCCGGGUCCGGAGUUACCUGCAGGCCUUGUUAGGGCAGUCAGUGGCCCAGAGAGCCACCCCGGUGCCCCCAGCUUUGGCAUUGAUGGAGAAUGAGCUGGCUGAGUUAGGCACUGCCUUUGUGCGUAUUGUGAACUUCAAUCGUCAGGUGUUUGGUCCUUAUUACUCUGCCAUCCUGAAAAAGCUUAUCCCGCCGGGGGAACCAGACAUUGGCAUGGACUCUCGCUAGACUCUCGCACCAUGUCAGGAAUCAUCAUAAGCUAGCAGAGUCAACAAUACAGUCAGAUACUGUGAAGGCUUUAUCUGCCAUAACAUUUGUGUGAGGGGACAAAAAAAAUCUCAUCUACUGCCUUCUUGAUUUAGGACAGAAAUAUUUUCCUGAAAACCUACCUGUACAGUACUUCUUGUAGAGUGGGACUUUAAUUGCCAUAGUUUUAAAGGAUAAAAAUAUAAUAUAAAAAUAAAGUUUUCAGCUCAA